CCGGGGCGGCGGCAGUCGCGGCGCCGCCAUGGCGGAGGCGGUGGUGCCGUGCCGGGUGCAGUACCUGGAGGAUGCGGACCCCUUCGGCUGCGGCAGCUUCCCGGAGCCACGCCGGGCUCCCGUCUACGACGUGGCGGAGGCGCUGGCACUGGGCGCGCAGCUGCCCGCGCUGCACCGCCUGCUCGGCGCGCCGCUGCCGCUGGAAGACUGCACCCUGCAGAUCUCACCGUCCGGACAUUACCUAGACCUUGACCUGUCCCUGCUGGAGCAGAAGGAUGAUCUGGAGGGUUUCUAUGAGGAGGUCAGAAAGGGAAGACGGCCAACUCUGAUUCUGCGCACACAGCUCUCCGUCCGAGUCCAUGCCAUCAUUGAGAAGCUGUACAACUCCCAGGGACCGGAGCUGCGGCGAUCCCUCUUCUCCCUCAAGCAACUCUUUCAGGAGGACAAGGACCUUGUGCCUGAGUUUGUGAACAUGGAUGGGUUGACAUGCCUGAUCAAAGUGGGGGCAGAGGCCGACCAGAACUACCAGAACUACAUCCUCCGGGCAUUGAGCCAGAUCAUGCUCUUCGUGGAUGGGAUGCAGGGCGUCAUCAACCACACUGAGACCGUCCAGUGGCUGUACACACUGUCAGGAAGCCCAUUUCGCCUGGUGGUGAAGAUGGCGCUGAAGCUGCUGCUGGUGUUCGUGGAGUACACAGAGCCCAACGCCCAACUUCUUAUCCAUGCUGUGAAUGCUGUUGAUCAGGCAAGAGGUGCAUGUCCGUGGUCAAACCUGAUGGCCAUCCUAGAACAGCGCAAUGGGGCUGACACAGAGCUGCUGGUGUUUGCGAUGACACUGAUCAACAAGACGCUGGCUGCCCUCCCAGACCAGGACUCCUUCUAUGAUGUGACAGACUGCCUCGAGCAGCAGGGCAUGGAGAGCGUGGUGCAGCAGUACUUGAACAGCAAGGGCACUGACCUCGACUUGAAGCAGCAGUUCAUGCUCUAUGAAAGUGCACUCAGGCUGGAAGAUGGUGUUGAUGAGGUGCAGCCAGGAGGACGCAAGGAGCGAAGGAAGACAGAUGAAGGCCGGCGCGGGUGGCGUUCCCAGGGUGGUGGUGUGGAGCCUGGGUCAGGCACCAACUCCCCAAGUGCCAACCAUGAGAGCCAGCAGCUGCUGGGGUCUCCUGGUGCCCUGGAGAAGCCCCCUACUGAGGAUAGCCAGUCUCCCUUGGAGACAAAAGUGCUGAGCAGCCUGACAGAGCCCUGUUCCAAGAGCAUCUACAGCAGUGCAUCCAGCAUGCGUCUGGCUCUGUCAUCACCCCCAGCUGAGAAGGAGCAGCUCCUGGGCCUAGGCGAGAGAAGUAUUUACAAAGCUCGCUUUCUGGAGAACUUGGCUGCAGCCCAGAAGGAGAAGAUCUCUUCCAUGACCAAAGAACGACUCGAUAUCCUCAGUGAUGCUACACAGGAACAUCCUGCUGUUCUUGCUUGGGAUGGGAACAGGAGCACUCCUGCACAUAGCACAGAGCCACCUGGCAUAAGGUCCUGGGUGGGCCAGAAGGAUACCAUUGACUCCUGCAGUGCCAUCUCCUCCGAUACCAAGUUUAUGCUGGAUAUGCUAUAUGCCAAAAGCUCCUCUGAGCCAGGGCAGGAACAGGUCUUCCCCAAGGGGCCAGCAUCCCCCCAACCGCAGGACAAGGCAGAGAAGGAGGCUGAAUGGGGCUGUGUCGAGGGGCAUGGCCACUUGGAACAGGAGAACACAUGGCUCCACAGCAGGGCUCCUGAUGGGCCAGUUGCUAGUGCCCAUGCCAAGUUGGUACGUGCCACAUCAAGUAUUGAUGUGGAGACUCACACACAGAAAUUGGAGGACACCCUGAUGACACCCAUCAAAAAGGACUCAGAGCUCACUUGGGAGCGCCUGGAGGCCAGUCCCGUGCAGCUAAAGAUCAAAGACCUGGACUUCACUGACCUCGGGGAAGAGGAAGAUUUUGAUGUCCUGGACACAGGGUCCAUAACCAAUGGCUCCUUCCUCCCUCAUGGCAUCGAGGCAGCAAAUGCUGGCACCCUCAUGGUUCCACCUCCACCUGUCACCCACACUGGCUGCCCACCCCCCCCACCUCUACCUCCUGCAGUCCCUGGUUGCCCUCCACCUCCACCUCCACCUCCUGCAAUCACCAACUGCCCUCCCCCUCCACCGCCUCCAGGGCUUCUGGGCUCCGUGAUGCUGGAUGGCCCUUCUCAGGCCAAAAAGAAGAGGACAGUGAAGCUCUUCUGGAAGGAGCUAAAGCAGCUGGAUGGCACCAUGAGGCCAGGCAAAUUUGGCCAGGGGACGCUGUGGGCAUCUCUGCAGAGAGUCGAGGUCAAUGCUGCCAAGCUGGAGCAUCUUUUUGAGUCCCGGGCAAAGGAAGUGCCAACUUCCAAGAAAGCUGUUGAUGGGAAGAAGGUGGUGGUGGUACUGGACCCCAAAAGGAGCAACGCCAUCAACAUUGGCCUCACAGUGCUGCCACCUGUGCAUAUCAUAAAAACAGCUGUGCUCAACUUUGAUGAGUUUGCGGUCAAUAAGGAAGGGAUUGAGAAAAUCCUGACCAUGGUCCCAACUGAGGAGGAGAAACAGAAGAUCCAGGAAGCCCAGCUGGCCAACCCUGAUGUUCCACUGGGCUCUGCAGAGCAGUUUCUGCUUGCCCUCUCUUCUAUCAGUGACCUCACAGCAAGACUCCAGCUCUGGGCUUUCAAGUUGGACUAUGAGAGUCUGGAGCAGGAGAUUGCAGAGCCUUUGUUUGACCUGAAAGUGGGCAUGGAGCAGCUGGCUAAAAAUCAUACCUUCAAAUGCAUCCUGGCCGUGCUACUGGCCACAGGCAAUUUCCUAAAUGGCUCCCAGAGCAGAGGCUUUGAGCUGGGCUAUCUGGAGAAGGUCUCAGAGGUGAAGGACACAGUGCACCGGCAGUCCCUGCUCCAUCAUCUCUGCCAAAUGGUGGUGGAGAAGUUUCCAGAAACCACAGACCUCUACUCGGAGAUUGCUUCCAUCACACGCUCAGCCAAGGUCGACUUUGAUGAGCUGGCCAACAGCCUCGUGCAGCUGGAACGAAGGUGCAAGGCAUCCUGGGACAAUCUAAAGGUGAUUGCCAAGCACGAGACUAAGACGGUGCUGAAGAGCAAGCUCACGGACUUCCUCAAGGACAGCACCCAGCGCAUUGUUGUCCUGAAAGUUGUGCACAGGCGUGUCCUCAACAGGUUUCACUCAUUCCUGCUGUACCUGGGGUACUCGGUGAGUGCUGCACGGGAUGUGAAGGUGACUCUCAUCUGCAAGCUCCUGAGGGAGUUCGCCCUGGAGUACCGCACCUGCAGGGAGCGCGUCCUGCAGCAGCAGAAGAAACGAGCUGCACAUCGUGAGCGCAACAAGACACGGGGCCGGCUCAUCACAGAGACCGAGAAAUUCUCCAGUGUUACCAGCAACACUGAAACUGCCUCACCACCUGCAGUGGUGUCCACCAACCCUGAGCAGUGGGAGCAGGCUGAGGCAGGCCAUGAGAACAUGAAGAACAUGCUGAUCUCUCCUGCAGAUGCUCCUGCACGCCGCAGUCGAGCCAGUCGGGGGACAGGGCAUAUCACCCCAGCCCAGGGGUCCCCAGCCCAGGAAGAUGUUCCCAGCUCCCCAGAUGAUGCCUCGGAUGAAAUCAUGGACCGCUUGGUAAAGUCAGUCACACACAACACCAACUCUCGUCCCUGUACCAACAAGGAGCGCAAGAGGUCCCGUGGAAACAGGAAGUCCUUGAGGAGGACUCUGAAGAGCGGGCUUAGCGACGACUUGGUGCAGGCCCUAGGUCUGGGUCAGGCAGCCAGCAUGAACGUUUGAGGCAGCCAGGGGAGCAGAGCGUGCCACUGCAGCUGGGGCUCACACUGCUCCCCUCUUCAGCUGCCAGGGCUGGGGCUGGCAUCCCAAGAGAAAAGACACAGCCAUUUGCCAAGCCUCACAGAGCACUGUGCUAGCACUGCUGUGCCCAAUGCAGCCUGUGGUCCUCCUGACACCAGCACGGUCUGCAUCUUUGGCCUUGUCUUGCUUUUCCUCAGUGACCCUGAGCUCCAGGAAUAGUGGAGGGCAGGAUGGGAGUAAUGUCCCAGGAGCUGCUCUGUGGCAGCUUCGCACCUGCGUCUAGUGUCGACAAUGGAGGGUGAUGUGCAGCAGGGAGGCCCUGUGUGCCGUGGCAGUGACCAUGCACUCAGGGACCGUGUGUGUGUGCAUGGAGGCUCAGGGUUUGCCUUCUGAACAGUAUUAGAGGGGGGCAAGGGGUUGGACCCAGAUCUUCUCCAGGAACUGGGUCUGGCCAGAGUGACAAUAAAAUGAUCUAACACUG